AUGGAGCCCCUGAAUGCUGGCGCAAGUGUGCUGGCCUUCGUAGGGAUUGCUCUGGAAGGAACAAAGUCCUUGUACAAUGUGCUCUCUGGCCUCCGACACGCGACACGAGAGACGGCAUCGCUUGUUUCCGCCGUGGGAAACUUGCAGAACAUCUUGACGCAGCUCCGCGACUGCAGAGCGUUAGCGGAGCCCAACGUCGACCUACAGAAUGUCAGGAAUUUGCUUGAGGUUUGUACGCAAGACAUAGCGAGCUUCAAGAAAGAUCUCAACAAGGUACAAUAUGAUCCUACGGUCCCGAAACUUCAACAGGCAUGGAAGCGGGUCAGAGCAACUUUGGCAGAGAAGCCACUCACUGCCAUGUGGCACAAGUUGAAUCAUCACUGUAGCGUGCUGCAAUUCCAACUCAAUCUUCUGCAAAGAUCUCAGAUCCACCAAAUCCGAGAGACCUUGUCUGCGGGAACCUUACAGGUCUCAUCUCUCAAUCAAAAUGUGCAGGACAUCAAAGUUUCGGUGGAAGAGGUGGUCCGGAGCACGGUCGCGAACGUCAACCAAACCAUCGGCCAGACCUCAGGUGCGACGACUGCACAGUUGCAGAACAUAUCUACUCUGCUGGAGGCGCUUCAAGCCCGAGUCUCGGGAAGCCCGACUCGGUUUGCUCUUCCCCAACACCGCCGAGCUCUGCCACAGGAUGACAGGCCAAUGUCUGCUCACUCCAGCGAGCCCAUUGGGGGACAUCCGGAACCAAUGGAGUGCCUUGCCAGAUUAUGCAAACUGGGAUCGCGGGACCCGAGCACAAUGCUGUACGAAGAAGCAGAAACCAUCAUCGAGGAUCUGGAAUGUUUUCUGUCCGCACUGCUGAAGCUCGAGGGAAGUGAAACCCUUAAUUCGGCAAAGAAAAGGAAGGCAGAGGGAGAGCAAGACGCAGCGGUUACACGCCGGGACAUGAAACGGAUGCGUGGGCUUAUUUCAGCGUCUGCCGCUGUAGGCGUAAAUCAAGGUCGUGAGUAG